AUGGGCAACGAAGACGCUGGCUCUUCCGAGCCCUCCGACGGCGGCGAAGAGCGACCUCCGCCUCUGCCCCCCAGACCGUCUCAGACCAGGGCGAAUGGGAGACCUCAACUGCAAUCGAAAGCAACAACCGCGCUCUCGUCCAUGAACAUACAGACCCAGUCCUUUCCCGAUGGCUCGCGCGGUUCCUUCUCGACUCCCGCCGAAACCACCACGGCCGCUUCCGAAGGCCAGUCCUCCACCGAGGCAGAACAAAGCCUAUCCAGUAUGGGUCUGAGUGCUGCUGGAAAUGCCAGGCCAAACGAUGUAGACGAGGCUAUGAGCGUCAUGAGCUAUGCGCCAACUACGCGACCCACGGGUGACCUCGAGAGCCUACUGGUAGGAGACAUGGGCAGGAAGAGUCCAGCAUGGAUGCUUCUGCGCUCACAGUCCUCCACCGUGCAGCCCUUCGAGAAAGCUCGGGCUGAGUCGAGUGGAGCUUUCGCCGACUUCGAACAUGAAUUUGAAGACAUCCCGGACGAGCCUGGGAAGCCCUGGAAUGACGAAGACAGGCUGCAGCUCUGGAAGUCCAAGCUAAAACACUACAUGAUCUUGUCAUCGGCUGGCAAGCCGAUUUAUAGCAGACAUGGGGAUCUGGGCCUAAUCAACUCGUCGAUGGGUGUGGUUCAGACUAUCAUCUCGUUCUACGAAGGCGCCAAGAACCGGCUGCUCGGGUUCACUGCAGGAGACACGCGUUUCGUCAUUGCCACAGAAGGCCCUCUCUACCUCGUAGCCAUAAGUAGUCUUGGUGAAAGCGACUCUCAGCUAAGGGCUCAACUCGACGCACUUUAUAUGCAGAUCCUGUCCACCUUGACACUACCAACCUUGACAAGCAUCUUCGCAAACCGCCCGUCAAGCGAUCUCCGGAGGCCUCUGCAAGGCACAGAGUCCUUGCUUUCGUCGCUCGCUGAUAGCUUCACCAAGGGCUCGCCAUCUGCUCUCCUUGGAGCCUUGGAGUGUCUGAAGUUGAGGAAAUCUCAACGGCACUCUAUCAACAAUGCUUUCCUCAAGGCUAGAGCUGAAAACAUACUCUACGGCUUGAUUGUGGCUGGUGGGAAGCUCGUGAGCGUUAUCAGGCCGCGCAGGCACUCUCUUCACCCAAGUGACUUGCAGCUGAUAUUUAACAUGCUCUUCGAGUCGGGAGGUAUCAAAUCUGGAGGGGGCGAGAACUGGAUACCUCUCUGCCUCCCAGCCUUCAACAACCGUGGCUACCUCUACAUGUAUGUGAGUUUCCUGGAUAGACAGCCAACGGAAACUGGCUCAGACCCCACUGCCGCAGGGGAAGAAAUUGCUCUCAUUCUCGUUAGUCCGGACAAGGAGAGCUUCUUCGCCCUCCAGCAGAUGCGAGACGACGUUGUGACGGAACUGAAGAAGAAGGGGCUCUUGAACAUCAUCAGGACGGCGGCACAUAAGGGACGUUCGCCCAUCAAUGAGAUCGCACCAGGGACGUAUAUCAGCCACUUCCUGUUCAAGUCGAAAGCCAACGUCCAGUUCUGCAUGCCGUCCCUGCAACCAGCGUUUGCUAGCCUCGUGUCGCGCCGCAGGCUCAUGUCACUCUACGCCAAUCUGCACGCGACCGUACACGCCCGACACUCUCAUCUGAAGAUACUGCACUGCGUCAACGAAGACACGACGUCGCUCGCGUGGGUGACGCCCAUCUUUGAGUUCUACUGCGUGGCCGGACCUAACGCGUCUCGUGCCGUCAUGACACAGGGAGCCAACAAAGUCAUCCAGUGGGCAAAGCGCGAGGAAGAACGGCUAUUUAUUCUAGGCGGAGGCGUCUUCUGA